AUGGCAUCAACAAUACAUUAUGAUCUCCCCAUUGAUGAUGACGAUGUUGUUGAAGUUGGUAGAGGAAACAGUAGUUCAUGGCCUCAGGCAAAUGAGGCUCUUUUCAUUACCCUCAUGGAUGAGGAGGUGAAAACCAAGAAUAGUAAAAUAACUGGAACAUUCACUAGACAAGCUUGGAAUAGGUUGAGAGAUCAAAUGAACGUAAAAACCCAAUACAAGUAUAACGCACACCAGCUUCGGAACAAAUACAAUCAGCUGCGUAUUAUGUUCAACAAAUUUACAUCAUUACUGAAGCAUAUUGGUGUUGGUUGGGAUAGCCAGCGACUUACUAUCACUGCAUCGGAUGACGUUUAG